AUGCCUGUGGUUGUCGCCUCCAUGGCUGGUUUGCUUGCGGUGUUCUCGUCGACUUUUUCGCCUCAGAGAACAACGGUUGAGAUCAAGAAUGCCAAGUUCUCCACAGACAGCCAAGCAUUCAGUCUUCACCAGGAGGGGAGGGUGACGAUCCGAGGAGAGCUGGGCCGCGGCCUGCCCUCCCACCCACCACCGAGGGAGCUGCAAUGUGGCACCGGUGAACGUUGCUACAAGUGGCCCAUGGCUACAAUGAUCAUCAAAGCUGAAGAGCAGGAGUCGGCAGAUUGCUACACUAUAAGCUGGGAGGCUGAUGACGACAUCUACGAGCCGAUGGAGUGCCUUGAGCUAGCACCUGCCCACUGGUACGGAGGCGCCGAGAUGUACUACCAGGGAUGGCCGAUUGAGAAGUGGAACAAGUCCAUGACGUUCUACCUCUCCGGCGACAUGUACGCAAGUUCGGAGGAGUGGGGUUCGGUCAUGGAGCGCUACUGGCUCAGCUCCGAGGGGGUCGUGGUGACGGUGGCGGAGACGGUUCCCCUACACGUCAGCGUGAACCACAUGAACGAUGGUAAACUUUGCUUGAAGGCAGCGUACAAGGAUUCACCCUACCAAAACCUCAACAAGGUCCGCCCGAAGCUCCAGUACACCAUCUGUCAGGCCCCGGAUGUGAGAGCAGCUCAUCGGUUCAUGAUGAACAGGUUUUACGGCAAGCCGCGCGGGAAACCCGACGAACGCAUGAUCCGCUCCCCGAUGUGGUCCACGUGGGCGCAGUUCCAAAGAAACAUCACCCAGGACGUCAUCCUUCAGUUCGCUGACGACAUCAACAGCUACGGCUUCUCCAACAGUCAACUGGAGAUUGAUGACGGUUGGUCGGUCUUCUACGGCGACGACUUUGACGAUCGUCGCUUCCCGAAUCCGCGGCAGAUGGUUGACGAACUGAAGACUAAAGGCUUCCGUGUUACUCUGUGGACUCACCCGUUUGCUAACUUUGAUUCGGACAUGUUCAGUGAGGGCUUGGAGAAGAGGUACUUAGCUGGGAUGGUAUCUGGAGGGUGCUGCACAGGGCUGGUCCCCGCACUCAUCCGAUGGUGGAACGGCGUGGCCAGCAUCAUUGACGUGACCAACCCUGAAGCUACGGCUUGGUUCAAAGAACGUCUGAGGAAGAUGCAGCGAGACUACGGCAUCGAUUCCUUCAAGUUCGACGGCGGCGAAGCCCACUACCUCCCGUCUAAUUUUGUCGUCGCUCGACCCGCUGAGUUGAGAAACACAAACGAAUUCACAACACUUUUUGCCAACUUCGCUGCAGACUUCGGUCCAAUGGCUGAAGUCCGGGCUGCCUACAGGAACCAGGAUGUACCUAUGUUCGUACGGAUGAGCAGGGACUCCCAUUGGGGGUAAGACAAUGGACUGAAGACUCUCAUCCCCACGGCUCUGACCUUCUCCGUUCUCGGCUACCCCUUCAUCCUUCCCGAUAUGAUUGGCGGGAACGGGUACGAUGGGGUCUACCCUGACCGGGAGCUGUUUAUUCGCUGGCUGGAGGUGACGGCGUUCCUACCCUGCAUGCAGUUCUCCAUUGUGCCGUGGCAGUACGAUCAGGAGGUUGUUGAUCUCGCCCGACGCUACGUCGAGCUUCACGAGACCAUCGUCGCCCCGAGGAUCCUGCGGUAUGCCGACGAGGCCGUCGCUACCGGAGACCCCGUCAUCCGCCCGCUGUGGUGGCUCGCCCCUCGCGACGAGAGGGCUUUGACCAUCGACUCGGAGUUCCUGAUCGGAGACGAGCUGCUGGUGGCGCCUGUGUUGGAGCAGGGUGCGGCGGAAAGGCACGUGUACCUGCCCCCGGGGGGCAGGUGUAUAACGGCGGGGCAGACUCUGCAGCAACUACCCGGUCCCGCUCUCUACAUCUGCUUGGAGAUCAUGUUCUCUCGUGCAGUGUCGACUUCAGGCGAGACCCGGUCGCGUGAGAGCUGUGGCAGGCCUGCAGUCGGACCAGGGCGGGAGUCUGGUAGAGACUACCGUCGCGUGAGAGUCACGGCAGGUACCGCCGGCCACAUGAGCCGCGCACCGCCACCGGACUCUGUCAGCGCCACGAGUACUGAAGCGGCACUCAUAACGGGUCUACUGACAUACAUACUCAGCCUGUCCACACCGUACGAUACACGGCUGACACGUCUGCUUGGAGGCUAG